AUGUCUCUCGCGCUUCGCCCCGGAACCGCGCGUCGAGCGCCGAUCGCGCGCGCGUCCGCGUCGCGGUCGCGACCGCGCCGCGCGUCCACCGCGCGCUCGAGCGACGCCGAGGCGUCGAGACGCGAUGUCCUCGGCGCGUCCGCGCUCGCGAUGCUCGCCAACGUCGUCCCGCUCGCGCCCGCGCGCGCGGACGAAUCGUUGCGAACGUACGCGGACGACGAGCUGCGGUUCACGCUGGAGUAUCCGAGCGAUUGGGUCGUCGCCACGGGGUCCCUGGAGAGGUCGGAGAACCCGAUGGGGGGUGGCGCGCGGGACGUGUGGACGAUCUCGCCGCCGGGACGGACGCGGGACGUGAACGUCACCGUCGUCGCGACGCCGGCUGGGGCAGAUUUCACAAAGAUGGGAUCGCUCGGUGACGCGUACGGGUUCGGGAUGGGGUUGGUGGCGCCGCUGCAUCGACCGAAAUUGAAAAAGGGACGGGAGGACCGAGUGCAACGCGCGGAGCUCGUGGACGCGUACGGAAAGGGUGAUUAUUACAAGGUUGAGUACACGUUCGAGCGACCGGCGGCGGAUAUUGAUUCCGUAUUUCUCGUACUCGCGGGAUUGGGUUACGACGGACGCGUGGGACACCUGUACACGACGACGGCGCAGUUCCCGCGCGCCGAGGAAUCGAAGUGGCGCGCGCAAAUUGAAGCCAUCGUCGAUUCCGUGAAGUACCCGAAAGCGCUGUACGGCUAG